GGUUAAGAGGCGCAUGAACUUUUCAUUCUUAUAUUAUAUGUGUAAGAAGAGCAUGGUUUAAGAAAUUGCUUUGCUUUGCCUAGCCAUGUUUUUCAAAUUUGCAAUAGUGGUGUCUUCCUUAAUCGGGUUAGUAGCAGCAGAUGAAAAUCUUGGUUUCAUCUACAAUGGUUUCAGAUCGGCUAAUUUGAGCCUCCAUGGUACAGCUAAGUUCACCGACGAAGGACUUUUACAGCUUACCAACGAAACCCAAAGAAUAAAGGGUCAAGCCUUCUACCCUAAUCCAAUAUCCUUCAAGACCUCAACAAAUGCCACGGCUUUCUCUUUUUCUACAAUUUUUGUUUUAGGUAUCCAGUCUCAAGUUGAUGUUCUUAGUGGCCAGGGUAUGGCUUUCGUGAUUGCACCAACACUAGGGCUCCCUUUCGCUCUUAACAGUCAAUACCUCGGCCUUUUUAACGAUAGCAAUAAUGGAAAUGCCAGUAAUCAUGUUUUUGCCAUAGAAUUCGAUACGGUGCAGAAUGCCGAGUUUGCUGAUAUUGAUAAUAACCAUGUAGGGAUUGAUGUUAAUAGUUUGAAAUCUGAGAUAUCAGCUCCAGCUGGUUAUUAUGAUAAUCAAACCGGUGAAUUUAAGAACUUGACGCUCAUUGAUCGUCAAAGAAUUCAAGUUUGGGUGGAAUAUGAUGGUGAGGAGAAGCAAAUUAACGUUACUUUAGCUCCAUUUAACAGUGGUAAGCCCAGUAAUCCACUUCUGUCUUUGUCGAGGGAUCUUUCAUUAAUUUUUAACGAAAACAUGUUCGUUGGCUUCUCAUCGUCCACCGGUUCGUUGUUUUCAUCUCAUUAUGUUUUGGGUUGGAGUUUCAAAAUGAAUGGACAAGCAGAGGAACUUGCACUCUCUCAGAUUCCUAAGCUUCCCCGAAUUGGUCCCAAACCGAAAUCAAAGUUUCUGACAAUUGGGCUCCCUGUAAUUUUUGUAAGCUUGACUUUAGCUGCAGUGUCAGGUGUGGUUUAUGUGAUAAGAAGGAAAAGAAAGUUCGCUGAAGUGCUUGAAGAUUGGGAGCUUGAAUAUGGGCCUCAUAGAUUCAAAUACAAAGAUCUUUAUUUCGCCACCAAAGGAUUUAGAGAAACAGAGCUAUUAGGUAGUGGUGGAUUUGGCAGGGUGUACAGAGGUGUACUACCCAACUCUAAACUAGAAAUUGCAGUGAAGAGAGUCUCUCAUGAAUCAAGACAAGGAAUGAGAGAAUUUGUUGCUGAAAUUGUUAGUAUUGGUCAUCUCCGCCACCGGAAUUUAGUACAACUCUUGGGUUAUUGCCGGCGUAAAAGAGAGCUGCUUUUGGUGUAUGACUACAUGCCUAAUGGAAGCCUGGACAAGUACAUCUAUGGCCAACAAAAGGUGACCCUGAAUUGGAAACAAAGAUUUCAAGUAAUCAAAGGCGUAGCCUUGGGCCUAUUUUAUCUACACGAAGAAUGGGAAAAAGUUGUUAUUCACAGAGACGUCAAGGCUAGUAAUGUGUUACUUGAUGCUGAACUGAAUGGAAGGCUGGGUGAUUUUGGGCUUGCAAGAUUGUAUGACCACGGAGCUGAUCCACAAACAACUCAUGUGGUUGGUACUGUUGGCUACCUCGCCCCAGAGCACGCUCGAACAGGGAAGGCCACUAGAAGUACUGAUGUAUUUGCUUUUGGUGCCUUUCUGCUCGAAGUUGCCUGUGGCAGAAGGCCAAUAGAGCCACAUUCGCCGACAGAGGAGACAGUGAUUUUGGUUGAAUGGGUAUUUGGUUUUUGGAGCGAAGGUAAAAUUAUUGAGGCAAGGGAUCCGAAAUUGGGAACAGAUUAUGUCGCGGAGGAGCUAGAGUUAGUGUUGAAACUUGGGUUGAUGUGCUCUCAUUCAGAGCCCGCAGCUAGGCCAAGCAUGCGACAAGUUGUGCAGUACUUGGAGAAGGAUGCUCCUUCGCCAGAGUUAUCGGCUCUAGAAAUUUCAGACAGUGGCUUAAGAUUUGCGCAUUCGGAAGGUUUUGCUGACUUUGUAGGCUCGUUUCCAUCUUUAAUGGGCAUAACAGCAGCGACUUCUAUUGCAGAUUCAAUACUUUCAGGUGGCAGAUAAGGUUGCAACGUUAAAUUAUUGGAGAUAUAAUGAUGUUUUGCUGUAUUAUUCUUUGUAAUAUAUUCUCAGUUGUAGCUGUGCUCGUGUAAUAUAAAUAAUAAUAAUGUUGUACC